GUGUCAAGCUAGUAAACAAUGCUAGAAGUUAGCAACACUUUCCAUACAAAAGGCUGCUUAAACGAUGGUUUCCGUGAUGAGGAGAGACGCAGCGGACACGGCAGAGAGCUGCAGUAAAAUGUCUAAGUCCGAGGUUCUGAGAGGUUUUGUUACCGAGAGACUCGCCGCCGCCUCCCAGGAAAUCUUAGCGGCCGUGGACAGACUCGUAGCCGGGUACGAGGAGGAGGCGUCGGGCUUCAGAGAGGAGAUCGACCGGCAGAGGAGACAGCUGGAGCUUCUCCUGCAGCCUCGGGUCAUACUCAACAAAGCCGGUGUGAAGUGCAGCAGGGGCCUCCGCCAUGUACAGGAAGAGGAGAAUGAAGAUGAGGACAAUGAGAAAAUGUAUCUGAAUAAUGGGAAGCCAUCAAGGUCUUUUUCCUCCAGAGGUCAGUUUAAGCAGAGGAAGCAAGGCAGACCUCAGAUCAGGAUCAGCAUCCAGGAGGACCCACAGACUGAAGUACUUUCAAAAAAUGAUGUUCAGCAUCUGUUCGUGAUUAAAGAAGAGGUUCCCCCUGAGUUGAGCCCUCGUGUGGAACAGGAGGAACCAAAGAGCCCAAACAUUAAAGAGGAACAGGAGGAACUCCGGACCAGUCAGGAGGGAGAGCAGCUUCAAAGGUUGGAGGAGACUGAUGAUGCCAUGUUCCCACUCACUCCUGUCCAUGUGAAGAAUGAAGAUGAUGAUGAUGAUGAUCCUCAGUCUUCACAGCCUCAUCCAAGACGAACUGAAGAGAGCAGAGAGGCAGAGCCUCCGUCCAGCAGUUCAGCUCAGCAGAUGGAAACAGAGGCUGAUGGAGACGACUGUGGAGGAUAUAAACCAGACAGGAACUUAGAUCCACAUGGUCAUCUUCAACCAGACACAGAUGAAGAGGCCACAGAGUCCUCCGAGACUGAAGACAGUGACAUUGAUUGGAAGGAAACCAGAGCACCUGAGUCAGGUUUGAAAAGUAAAGAAGUCCAUGUAAGUGAUAAACGAUGUAACUCUGGUGAGAAAAUUUUCAGUUGCUCUGAGUGUGGGAACAAAUUUAGCAGAAAGUGUGUUCUGCAGAGACACAUGAAUGAACAUACAGGAGAAAAACCAUUUCGUUGUGAUGUUUGUGGGAAAAGAUUUAAGGUGCGGGGGAAUCUUAGGUGGCACAUGAAAGCCCAUACAGGAGAGAGACAAUUUGGUUGUGAUGUUUGUGGGAAAGAAUUUUACCGACAGGAUCAUCUUACUGGGCACAUGAGAGUCCAUACAGGAGAGAGACCAUUUGGUUGUGAUGUUUGUGGGAAAAGAUUUAAGGUGCAGGGGGACCUUACAAUGCACAUUAGAAUCCAUACAGGAGAGAAACCAUGUGGUUGUGAUGUUUGUGGGAAACGAUUUAGGCGGCAGGGGGAUCUUAAUGGGCACAUGAAAGUCCAUUCAAAAGAGAAACCCUUUAGUUGCAGUGUUUGUGGGAAAAGAUUCAAGGGACAGGGGAAUCUUAAGUGGCAUAUGAAAGUCCAUACGGGAGAGACACCAUAUGAUUGUGAUGUUUGUGGGAAAAGAUUUCACCGACAGGAUCAUCUUACGGUGCACACAAGAGUCCAUACAGGCGAGAAACCAUUUGGUUGUGAUGUUUGUGGGAAAAGAUUUAACCAACAGCAACAUCUUAAGAUGCACAUGAGAGUACAUACAGGAGAGAAACCGUUCAGUUGCAGUCUUUGUGGGAAAAGAUAUACGCGACAGGGCGAACUUACGGUGCACCAGAGAGUCCAUACAGGAGAGAAACCAUUUGGUUGUGAUGUUUGUGGGAAAAGAUUUCAUAGACAGUGGCUUUUUAAGGUUCACAUGAGAGUUCAUACAGGAGAGAAACCUUUGAAUUGCAGUUUUUGUGGUGAACAAUUUAUGUAUCGUUCAACCAGCGUUAACCAUAUGAAGACAUGUAAACACAAGUAUGUUACUGAGGGCAGCAGCAGUAACUGAAGCUUCACAGUUGCUGGUUGAAAUGAACUGGAAGACCUCAUCACAGCAUCAUUGAAAUGCAGAGCACAGGUAACAUUCACCGGUGAAAUUUGUAUGAAAGUGUAUCACAAGUUAACGGUAUUGUUCUAUGUCAUUCUUACACGUUUGUAUUUUUUUUAUUGUUUAACUGGGUUUCAUUAUUGCCCAUAUCUAUCUGUAUACUAAAUUAUUUUGUCAUUGUGACAGUUUGAGUUUAUGUAUUUUUGUUUGAGAAAUAAAUUCAGACUUAAUUUAUUUCAGUUACUGAUGAAACAAGUUGUAACUGUACAAUAUUGUUGUAUUGCUUUGAGACUUUGGGUGAUGGCUGGAUGUUGAAGUGUUUUCCAGUCAAGGGGAGAAGAUUUUGUACAUUUAGUUGAUGAUUUAAAUGUAGUACUUGUAAUAAUUUUUACAUUGUUGUAUUAUUACUUUUAAUAAAAUAAAGAAUACUUUUUCCUCCACAUUUUCACAAAAUAGGGUACGGUACAGUUUAGCAAAACUGUUCAAACAAAAAGUAAAAGAAUAGUAAAAUUUAGUGACCCUCUAGUUUUUCUCAAAUAUCUAAUUUCACUCUACAUAAAACAAAAU